GUGCGCCCGCGCCCGCGCCCGGCUCCGCCGCCCAGACGCGCCGCGGAGCCCCGGGGCUCCCGAGGGAGGCGGGGAUGGGGGGCGCUCCCCCCCGGGCCGCGGGGGCGACAGGCGGGCGGAGCCCUUCGGCCGCCCAGCACGUGGACUGAGCGCCGGGCUCGCUCGCCUGGCGCCUGGCACAGGUGCCUCCCGCCUGAGGAGCGACACCCGCCCGGGCGCCCGCACCUGCAGGGCGGCUCGCCCGGAGACCUGUAGCCGCGGGGCCGGCGGCCGCUCAGGGAGAAGAUGCCAUUCCACCAUGUAACGGCUGGCUUGUUGUACAAGGGGAACUACCUGAACCGGUCGCUCUCUGCUGGCAGUGACAGCGAGCAACUAGCCAACAUCUCUGUGGAGGAACUAGAUGAAAUUCGUGAAGCCUUUCGGGUGCUGGACAGAGAUGGGAAUGGCUUCAUCUCCAAGCAGGAGCUGGGCAUGGCUAUGCGCUCUUUGGGAUACAUGCCCAGUGAGGUGGAGUUGGCGAUUAUCAUGCAACGCCUUGAUAUGGAUGGGGACGGUCAGGUUGAUUUUGAUGAAUUUAUGACCAUUCUUGGACCUAAACUGGUGUCGUCAGAAGGGAGAGAUGGUUUUCUUGGAAAUACAAUAGACAGUAUAUUUUGGCAGUUCGACAUGCAGAGGAUAACGCUGGAAGAGCUCAAACACAUCCUGUAUCAUGCAUUUCGGGAUCAUUUAACAAUGAAGGACAUUGAAAACAUCAUCAUCAAUGAAGAGGAGAGUCUAAACGAAAACUCUGGCAACUGCCAAACAGAGUUUGAAGUGCACUCUCAGAAACAGAACAGACAGACCUGCGUACGGAAGAGCCUUAUAUGCGCCUUCGCCAUGGCCUUUAUUAUAAGCGUCAUGCUGAUUGCAGCCAAUCAGAUCCUCCGAAGCGGCAUGGAGUAGCCACUCACCAUAACACUGUGAACCAAACUAACCAUGCAUGCGCAUGCCAACGGGUGAACUUUUUCCUCAAUCAACUCUGAAAAGGGAAAGAAAGAGGCGAGCAGGAAGAUAAAGAAACAUUGGACAAGGAACCCGAGGCCAGCAGUGUGAUACGUCUUGUGAAUCAACCACAUCCUCUUGGCAGGAACAUAAAAGGGCUGUCUUAAUGCUUUAAUGGUUUUGUUUCCUAAUGCAAUAAAAAUACAGGAGUCCUGAAUUAUUGCUUCACAACGGCAGAGGUAACUUGGCGAAGGACGCACUUUCAUCCAGAGUUACAUAUAUUACAAUUCGGAAGAGGCAUGGCCUCCACAAUCUUCGUGCGGCUGUCUAACCUCGGGGCCAGCAGACUAUAUUCAAGUAGCUUUCCAGCGGUCCCACAUCCCCAGGAGCUUGACCAUAGAAUAACUCCAAGCAAAUACAAGUUGUUUUCUUUCACAUAUUUUUGACUUCACUUUGCUUUCCCUUAUGACCAUGCCUUGAAGAGUACGGCAUUAGAGGGGAGCCCAAAAGCUCUUGUACAGUAUUUUCAGAUGACAAAAGCAUCACGCAGCUUUUAUAUUUUUGUUUCUGAAACCGCCUUUGACGCAAGACUAGGGGAGAGGGAAACACUGGUCCAUUUACAAUGUUUUUCUGUUUCAAAUCAGGACUUUAAAAACCCCCCUGCUUUAGCACGUGGGCAUUUUGAAAAGCUGUGCACAGUCUUCCUACUGCAUCUGCAACCAGCAGCAUCAAAUUAAAGACUGUAUUUGGCUCCAUCUGUGCCUCAGAUGUCACUGGCUUGCAUCAGCCAUCUCUUUGCCCUUGCUCUAAAUUGGUCUUGUGCAACGUUAUCCAUCACUAAAAAACUUUCUGCUCUUGUUUCUCUCUCGCUUUUUUGAGCCCUGGUUCUGUUUGCAAUCCUUUGUUAUGGGGCUGCGGCGUCUGGGGUCCCCCUCCCAGGUGACUUUUGUAACAGUGGCAACCCACUUCUUUGCCUCCUUAGUGUUUGCGUUCUUGAUCACUUGGCUGCCUUGUCUCUUAUCAAGGGCAGUUUUAACCCUCCUCCCAUACGCUCAAGGGAUAGUAAGCUGAAAAGCAGAACGCAAACCAGAAGUGGAAGAGCUCAAACUCGAAAAUACUGCCAUAUGUUACAGAGCGUGUCAGACAUUCAGAUCCCCCGAAUUACUCAUUUUUCCUAGAAGAGAUUUUAAUGAACGGCACAAACAAGAUCAGGGAGUUAUGCAGACCAAAGGUACAACAUGUACCAAGGAGCGUGUGACAACCACGCACGCUUGAUGCCAGGAUCACGUUUGGAAUGGUAUCUUUUGAAGCGGGGCCCGAUUCUCACAUGUGGCCUUGAAUGAUCCCUGCAUCAUCCGGGUGUGAUUCACGGGAAAGGGAAUCAUUUGCACUGCUGUCUUCAAAGGGGCAGUCUGGGUCUAACCCUGAUAGACGGCACACGGUGCAUUCCUUUGGACGGCGGAGAGUUGGGGCCUAAGGCUGCAGUAGCUAAGUGCUGCUAGGUGCAUUGGCUCCUGUGAUCUUAAUGAGUAUUGAGAUCGUUAACGUGUAAAGUGUGGAGGACGGUUUCUUGUCUCAGGGGUACAACAUCCCCCCACCCCCAUUCCCCCCCCAAAAAAGAGGCUGGAAAGCAGCAUUGUAAAAGCAAGUCCAUCAAGCCUGCUACCCAGCCUGGCAGAAUUUCUCCAUACGCCUUGUCCAUCUCUUUUCUGUCCCCACCCCUUAUAGCCGAGCCAGCAGCUCAAACCCUAAUCCAUGCUGAACACUCACCGUGCAUCUAUCUUGGGAUACCAGUCUGGUCUGUAAUGUUUAACGGGUAUUUUUAAAUUGCUCGAUUUGAAAGUGAUCACCACGGGCUAUUUCUGCUCUUUAUUCGGUUUCUCUCUCUCCCCCCGCACCUCUCAGCAGCCAGUCAUUCUCCAGAUCAAGGCGUUCACUAUCCCUCACGAUUCUGUUCAUUUUUCCUUAAGCCUACAUCCACGAUUUCUAUUGCUCUUUCUUCCUUGUUUCGGAACGACCCAGCCCUCUCUUUCAACACAGCUAUGCUGAUUUUUUUGUGCGCGCGCGCCUGGUAUAGCAUCACUGCUCCCUCUCCCAGUUUCUCCUUCCCCGCACGCACACAUGCCAUUUCUGUUCUGCUGUGACUAAUGUGGGGUCAACCGUGGACCAUUCUCUGAGAACUGUUACAUGUCCCAGAAGAAUGAGCGAUUUGCUUGUGCUGUAGGACAGGAUCAGACUUCAGAAACAAAGCAAAAGCUUAGGAGAGGUUUGAGCACACAAUUCUCAUUGCUAAGGAACAGAAAUUCAUUUAAAACUGUGGUCUGCGUUGAACUCCAUAGAUAACAAGCAUUGCGGUCUUUACACCUUAAAAUGUAGAUGACAGUUGCAUGUCUCAGGGGCAUGGUAAAGGAGGCCUCAUCAGAACGAAGUACAAUCACUGGGUGAUGUUUAUCAGUGUUUUGUAGAUAUUUCAUGGAUGUUUAUCACUUACAGUAUUUGUGGUUGCAGGAGUGAUGGACAAUAUUGGUGCCUUUUGAAUGUUAGAAGUCAGGAUUUGCCAGGGUACUUACUGAGGCUGGACACAGGUGCAGCCUGAUCCAAUCCCAAUUCAUACAGAGACAGAUUUGACCACGGAUGCCAAAUCCCAAGGCUCUGCCAGAGUAAGCCUGGUCCCAGAUACAUCGCCGAUCAACACUGGUUGAUCCUCGACUAGAUGCUCUUGAUGAAGUGGGGAAGAAGUAGUCACAAGUCAACAUCAUUUUGCAUUUCCAAUUCAUUUCAGUCAUUCCUAGUCUCCGUUAUCAGCUCUAGGGGCUCAACAGGAGUUUUGUGUUUCUUUUAGUUUGUGUGUGAAGAGCUGCGAUUUAAUAUUGUUCUGCGUAAGUAUUACAUUGCUGCUACUAGAAUUUAUUAGGCUACGUAUAAAGGACUUAAAUAUGUAAUGCCAUGAUUAUCAGUUAUAUGGCUUUGGAUUUCCUCACUAUUCUGCCCAACGGUACUUAGAAAUAAGAAGGUUAGAUUUUUACUGUGGCCAGAUGCACAUUUUCAAAGGUUUGUUCUUCUCAGAUUCUCAAGUGAAGCUCCCCAGACACCGUGAUUUUAGGAACAAAGACAGACCAAAGUCCUAGAGUCAUUCCAAACAAUGAACCCUCACCGCAACGAUGGGAGCCUGGUAAACCCCCGGCUAGGAUAAAUCUGGCCCUCAAAAAUAUGAGCGUGCAUUCUGCAUAUUAUAAGUCUGCAGCAUGCAUAGCAACAUUGGAUGGGAGAAUCUGAGGAGACAUCUAUGCAACACUCUCAACAAGCAUAGCAUUGCAUGACUCAGUGCAGAAAGUUUGGGACCAGGUUAUCUUAAACCAGUAGUUACAGCUGCAGAUAGCAAGUUUGGGUCUAUUUUUCACUCUAGAAGCAUAAGCUUCAACAGUGUAUGAUGGAUGCACAGUGGUAGACCGCAUUUCUUUGUGCUCCUCAAUUUCUCCUGCUGAUUAAUGCAGGUAAUAAUUCCAGCUAGUCAAAGCAAUCUAUUACUAAGCCAAACCUUUAUGACUAAGCUUUUUCCAAUUUCCAGACCAAUUUCUACAAAACUUGAUAGAUGCAGUUCAUUUUCAGAAUGUCUCUAGAUCUGGCUACUCCUUUUGUAAAACCAAACUACAAUUAAUACUGCGCAGCAAUUAAUCAACCAUUGAUGUCGACGGCCAUUGUUGAGAGUGUUGACUGAAAACCCCCCCAAACCCCUCCUUAUUAAGUUUAGUGGUAUAGGAUUGGGGUAAAUUUCUAUGGGUAUGUUUAUUUGAGCAGUGCUGGGAUCUUAACAGAAGUCUCCUGCUUCAUACACCCCCCCAUUGCUAGCCAAAAAAUGGGUCUCGAGGAGGUUUAAAAAGGACUCGGUCACUAGUGAUUGAUUCCACUGGCCAGAGCAGCAGUGCACAACAGUAUAACAGUUUAGUAUAACACUUUGGUUCGUCGUGCCAAAAUCCCUUUCCUUAUAAACAUACUUUUUUACAUCCCGUUUAGCCAACAGAAUAAAGCGAUGUUCGGAGAUAUGGGACCUGUCUCUCUUCCAAGCAGUGCAGAGCUACGAAGCCAUUUGACUUGCUUCUUUUUGGAAAAAAAAUCUGUUUACAGGCUAUUCAGUUUUUAUAUAAAUAACAACACGUUUGCUUUUACGGACGGUAAAUAAAGUAGUGCCGUAACAUUCGGAUUGUAACCCAACAGGGGGGAGCUUGGGGAAAGGAAGGAAGCAGGAUGAAUCAAACGCUUUUUGGAAAGCAGAAAACCUAUUUAAGUGCUAAUUAACUUAUUAACAACACUAGGACUGGAAGCAGCAAGUUAGAGCUGUCAGAGAAAGCGCUAAAACUUGUGCAUUUGCCAGUUGCACGGGAAUUGAAGUGGCUGCUCCACGCUGCAAUUCGCUGUGAAAAGGAUAUCGCUAUGGCAACCCUCGCUAUACACGACAUGUGUGCCAGUGCCGGUGAAACACGCUGGGUUUUUUUCCUUUGAAAAGAACACGCAGUCCAGACUGAUUGGAGCUGGUCAGACAGUAACCGAGCCACUAACUGCAUGAAUUUGGGCUGCCUUAUGCAACCACGGCCGCAUUUGGUCAGUGCACCUGGGGCCACAACCUUUGGUUCGUCUAAAAAGGUGCGAAUUAAAAGAAAGAAAGAAAAAGACCUAGUUAAAUUUGAGAACAACUGUCUGUGGUUACUCUUAUUUCAGUUUCAAGUGUCAUUUUACUUUCAAUUUAGCUCCAGUUGACUGGGGAACGGGUUAAUCUACACCUACGGAUGCUCCUCAGACCGAAAAAUUACAAUUGUCUGUACAGAUCUGCAUCCCUGAGUCUUAAGACAAAGCAAGCGUGGUGGUAGAUGGGGCGGUGUCUGCCUGAUCACAUAAUGCUACUGCUUCCUGUUUGAAUCAUAGAAAAUUAGGGUGGGACGGGACCACAGGAAGUCAUCUAGUCCGACCCCCUGCUCAAAGCAGGACCAUCCCCAGCUCAACAAAGCCCUGGGAUGAUGUAGUUGGGCAUUAAAAACCUCCAAGGAUGGAGAUUUCGCCACUUCUCUAGGUGAAGGUUCAGCUUUUUAAGGAGGAGAAUACAGAAUAAGAAAGAAGGGGCUUCCUGAUUAACUGAAAAGGUAUACAAAGGGAUUCCUUUGUAUUUCUGCAAAGACUGACUUUGUCUUGAGCCUUCAUGAAUGCUGAAGUGUACGACGCUCCUGAAUAGCAGCAGACAGAUGUUAAGUGUCUCGUUGUCUGACCAGCUCUCUAGAAAUCUGGCAAACUAACACCUUAUCUGGUAGGGAUGGUUCUCGGUUAGCUGGAGCGGAGGCAAGUUACCCUUUUGGUUUUUUGGGGGUUUUUUUUGGCUGGUUCUGAUUUUUGUUCUGGCAGGGGAUUUAUGACUUUAAGGCAAACCCUGAUUUUCGGAUGAUGCUAAGUCUUUCUUCCCCUAUUUCAGCUGGAGUCACAGGCCCUCAGCAUCUCUGAAAAAAAGCUUUAAAGGCUUCCCUGGUAUUAUUCACAGUACAGCAACGUCAAAUGGUGAAAAAAACCCAAAAGACAACACCCACCACACAUUAUUUAACAUCCUACUCCAAAAGCCUGGGAGUGAAUCUCAAACCAGCAUGGGCACGGUACGAUGGUGAAUCAAUAAAGCUGCACUGGGUAUAAAAUAAGCAAAGCAGGAUAGAAAACGGCAGGAUGUACGACCAGUUGAACUGGUUGCUGAAGACUGUAGGGUCACACAGGCCACCCAGGAAAACUGCCAAGGGCACCAGAACUGACCUUCACGUAGCUACCGCCUGAGCCACGGCAAGAGGAGGGCCAUCAAAAAACCCAACUAGAGCCAAUGUUUGUGCUGAUUUAACAUGAAAGGGUGCCUAUACAUGUGCUCCGGAGCCACACUAAUUGAAAUGCCUACAGCGUCUCAUGUUUUCAGUGUCUCGCAUUUCAAAAUGGUGGCGGGGCACUUCAACUAAAGCUUAUUCGACACUGAACACACAAGACGCCGCAGCAGUCUGAUCAGAAGGCUCCCGCAGACCCGAUCGAUUGAGUCUGCUCUGAUGCCUUCCAAUCAGACCGCGCUGGAGCACGUGUAAAAGUGCCCAAAAUUUCAAAAUGUGACCGAACAGCACAACUGGAGAGACCUCUCUCCUAAAGCCCCCAUCCUGCCAGCUACGCACGCUUAACUCCAGCACCAUAAUGAGCCCUACUGAUUUCAGAAUUAAGCGUUCACAGGUUUGAAGGUUCGAGUCUCUUCAUUUUAAAUCAUAAACAAGAGGUUAUAGUACCGUAGCGUUCUGGGUAGGACCAGAAACAGAUUUCCUGCCACCCUUUUCUAGAGGUGCCAAAUGAUGCCAGCUUUAUUCAGUGACUCCUGUUCUCUCGCAUCCUGUCACCUGAUGUAAACUUACAGCUCUGAUUCUCCUCUCAGAUACCCACCCCUGUGCGAUCAGGAGUAACUCUACUAAACUCAAUGGAUGUAAGCAAAGUGAGAUCAGAAUCAGACCUGCUGACACUUAGUCCACUGUAAUAUCUGAAUAAUGGAUGCCUUGUGGCUCAGCCAUAUGAGAUCUAUCAUUAAGAGUUUAAUUUGUCUCUCUCGCCAUCACUGUUGAAUCCAUCACUAUUUCCUCUCCAUUUCUUAUUCACUCUUAAAAACUGAUAGCUAACUGAAGACAUGGUGGGGUUUUUUAAAAAAUUAAAAACCACACACACACACACAGAGUCAGCAGCACUAUGGUAAAAAGAAAACCCUUUGUACAAAAAUGCUGUAAAUACUAAUAUAAAUUAACUUGGCAUGCAACUUAAAUUCUAUGUUAUUACAAGUUAUCUGCGUGUAUAAAGAAGUGUAUAAAGGAAAACAGAAUGCCAUAUGUACCGGCUGUUUCCUCUAACCAAACACCACUGUAAAUAUAUAAUCUGUAUAAAAAGAUUUUAAUUUUACCAUUAUUUAUGCAAUAGAAAUAAAGGUUUUUUUCUUUUGA